AUGGGAUUCAGAAAAAGCAACACAAGUGACUCAUUUAUAGAAAUUGAAGGGCGGAGAAAGACGAUUUUAUACAACUUUUAUAAUUUUUUUUGUAUAAUUACCUUUGGAAUUUUAUACAUAAUUUGUAAAAACUUUCCCAGAGUUAGAAUUGUACUUACUACAAAACAGUGUGAUUUAAAAUCAGCGGAUAAAGCCGUUAUUACAAAUAAAUUUAAAAAACACGAGUUGGUUGAUAUAUUAGUAUAUAAAUGUACUAAGUCGCAACUCAUGUCUAGAUUUGUAUUUAAUGGGUAUGUAAGAGUUAUAGAUACAGUGUAUGCUCGACUUAUAUAUGAUGUGGGUUUUGAAAAAUUUGUUGUUUAUAGUUAUAAACAAACUAAUUUUAAUUUCGAUGAAAUUUUUAUGAAUAAAAUUAAAAUUUCAGAGCAUGAAGAAAAGAUUCAACUAAGAGAAAAAGGAAUUUUAUAUGGAAAAAAUUUUAAUAAUCUUAGAUUUCCUUCAAUUGUAGAAAUAUUUAUCAAGAACACAUUUAAUUUUACAAAUCUUAUUGAUAUUUUUUGUGUUGUAUUGUGGUUUAAUAUCGAAUAUAAAAUAUAUGGGUCGAUUGUAGCUCUUUUUCGGCUAUACUCAUAUGCACAGGACAUUAUAUUAGAGAUUAAGGUUAAACAUGAACUUGAGACAGCAAAAAAGAAUAUAAAAAUUAGAACUUAUAGAAAUAGAAGUUUUUGUUAUAUUGAUUCUGUUGAUUUAUUACCUGGAGAUCUUGUUUAUAUAGAACCUUGUGAGGAUUUCCCAGUUGAUGUUAUUAUUUUAAAAGGUGAUGCGAUAACAGAUGAAAGUUUUUUAACUGGCGAAAGUGUUCCGAUUUGUAAGUCUGCAGCGUAUAGAUCUAUAGUAUAUUCUGGCACUGCCGUGUUGCGUAGUGUUGAUGAAUCAAAGUGGUUGCCUAAUAAAAAAAUAGAAUCGCUUUACAGGGUAAAAAAUUUAACAAAUAAAGGAGACUUAAACGUUAAAAGUUUAAAAAAUUUGGAUAGAAAUGAUUUUUUAAAUUUAGAAAAAUCUAGAAAAUCAAAUUUAGUCGAAGAUAUUUCAAAAAAUACUUUCGUAUCUAAAAAUUCUUCGUGCAAUUUUGCUUUGGGAAUAGUUAUUGCUAUAGGAUUUAACACAACAAGAGGAAAAAUUAUGAAAGAUAUAAAUAAUCCUAAGCCCGUUUAUAUACCUUUUUUAAACGAAGCACAUAAAUACAUAUUUUUUACAAUAAUAAUUGCUGGUAUAUCGGUUGUAUUUUUCUUGAUUUAUUUUGAUAAAAUUUUGAAAUGGGAUCUUAUAGAUAAUCUUGUUUAUAGUGCUGAUUUGUUUUUUACACUUGCAUCUCCUGCACUUUAUGCGUCAUUAUCAGUAGGAGUUCAAAUUUCUAGCAAAAGACUUAGAGAUGAUAAAAUUAAAUGCAAUAAUAGUGAUCGAUUAUUUAUUUCAGGAAACGUAGAUAUGGCUAUUUUUGAUAAAACAGGAACACUUACAAGCGAAGGAAUGGAUUUUUUAUUUUUUGAUAAUUUAUAUUCAAAAUCAUAUAAUGCAGAUCAAUUAGAUCCUUUGUCUAGAAUAGGAUUUAGUUCAUGUCAUUCGGUUUAUGAAUUAGAUGGUAAAUAUUCGGGGGAUGCGCUUGAUAUUCAGAUGUUUAUAGUUUCUGAAUCUAAAUUAGAAAUGGGUGGAAAUGGUCAAAAUGACAGUAUUCGAAAAAUCAUUAUUGGUAAAUCUGCUGGAAUUUCAGGUCCUUUUCUAAAAGAAUUUGGUGUAGAUUCUGAUAAAUUGUUUUAUCAAAAUGUUACAAAUUUAGAAACGUCUUAUAAUGAUGUUAUGGCUAGAGGAUUUGGUAAAAACAUUAUUAAUAUUUUAAAAACGUAUGAUUUUACUUCUGAAAAUAAACGCAUGAGUGUCAUAAUUGAGCACCAAAAUAAGAAAUAUUUCUAUACAAAAGGAUCACCAGAUAUUAUUAAGCUUUUAUUAAAAAAAAUACCUGAUGAUUACGAUAAUAGAGUAAAAGAACAUUCUUUAUCUGGUUAUCGCGUAAUUGCAAUGGGAUAUAAAGAAUUAAAAAAUAUUGAUAAGGAAGAAAAUAAUGAAAGUGAACUUAAUUUUUUGGGUUUUAUAGUUUUUUCAAAUAAACUUAAACCUGAAACUUAUGAAGUAAUUGAAGAGCUAAACUCUGCUAACAUUCAUUCAAUUAUUUGCACAGGAGACAAUAUUUUGACGGCUAUCUCUGUUGGUCGAGAGUGUAAAAUCCUUGAUGAGUCGAUUACAGUAAUUUUUCCUGUUUUAAAUGAAAAUUGUAAAUCAGUGUAUGAUGCCGAAUGGGUAUGCCUUGGAGAUGAAGAUUUGGUGUUUGAUAAAGUUAGACUAAUUUUAUACAAAAAUAACUUUGACACAUAUUGUAAUGAUUUCGUUAUUGCAUGUGAAGGCAAAGAAUAUGAUUUUUUUAAAGACACUAUUUACCAUUCAUUCAUUUUAGAGAAAGGUAAAGUGUUUGCGAGAUUUUCUCCCGCACAAAAAAAAGUCUUGGUAGAAGAUUUUAGAAGCAUUAAUAAAAAUGUUCUUUUUUGUGGUGACGGUGCUAAUGAUAGUGGUGCCAUUGGCACAGCAGAUGUAGGCAUAGCUCUUGCACAAAACGAAGCAAGUUUAGCAUCUAGUUUUUGUGCAAGGAAUAUUAAUGCUGUACCCUUAAUUAUAAAGGAAUGUCGAAAUGCUUAUGUUUCUUCAAUAGCAUUGUUUAAAUACGUUUCUAUGUCUUAUUUUUUAGCAUUCGUUUGUCUUGGUUUUCCUGUUUUAAGAUGUUUAUUUUUAAGCGAUUUCCAGACACUUCACAUAGAUAUUUUUAUUAUUGUUCCAAUGAUGUUUUUUAUUUCUAAUUUUAAGAAAAAUAAUAUUUUAUACAAAAAAUCUCCUAAGAUAUCUUUAUUUUCUUUAACUGAGUUUUUACCCUUCUUUUGUAGUUUAUUUUUUCAAUCAUUAAUUAUUUUUAUUUUAUCAAGAUAUGGACCAGAAUCUAAACAAAUUACAGAAGAAUCUAAGGCAGGAACUAUUAUAUUUUUUACUGCGGCUUUUCAAUCUAUUUUUAAUGGACUUUAUUUUAGUGAUGCUGUUCCACAUCGAGAGAGUAUAUUAAAAAACAAAAAUAUACUUUAUAUUAGUUCUUUAUUUAUGAUUUGGAAUUCUCUUUUGCUGUUUAUAAAUUGGUUUAAUCAUGAUUUUACAUCACGAUUUUUGUCGGUAUAUUUGUUUGUAGAAAUUUCUAAUUCAGAACUUUUAUUGAUAAUAUUAGGAAUUUUGGGCAGCAGUUUUUCGUCUUUUUUAGUUCCAUAUUACGUUAGAAAAUUCUUAAAUAGGAAUUUACAAUAG